UCGCUCUCCAGACUCUUGCCUCUAUUUCAGAUGUAUCUUCCCUGCUAUCCCCAGGACAUUGUCUCUGUGCCCUCAACAAACAUGGCCUCUCUCGGAAGCUAUCACGUGAUGUCACCCCUUCACACGUGACCUCUGCACUAUCGACCUUGUCGCUUGUGACAGAUGCCGCUUCUCCUCCUAUAACAUGGCGCUGUACAGGACCGGGACCUGCCGGCUGCUUGUGGAUGGAGGGCGUCUGAGGAAAUGUCUAGUAUUGUUAUGCUGCUGGCCUGGAGUGCACCUUGUCCUCAGCGCCUCCGGUCCUGACAUCGUGGGAGCCCUGUGUCCGGCCAAAUGCUCUGUUCUCCAUCCUGUGCAGUGACCGUUCUUCCUAAUGCAGAGAGGACGGCCAACACUAAGGUACCAGCCGUGCCACUUAUCAACCAACCAAAAGCCACAAAGUGCGCUAUCUCUGAUCACUACAAAGGCUAAACAUCUCAAUUCAAGAUAUGAACAUUUUCUGGAAAGAAAGUUUCCUAACUUUUUUAUUCUGUAUUCCACUUUUAUGAGAGGACUCCGGAUGCUGUUGAUUGAAGGAAAGGAAGUACACAGGAUACGAAGAAAGAUGAGAAGCCAAGGGAUACAGUUUCACCAACUGCCUUAUAGGGAAAUGGAAAAAUUAAGACAGUUCAGAAGAGAUAUCAUCAAAGCUGCCCCGGUGAUGAUCAUUUCUAUCCCACCGUUUGCCAACUAUCUGGUGUUUGUUUUAAUGUAUUUGUUUCCCAGACAAUUGCUAAUCCGGCACUUUUGGACUCCAAAGCAACAGGAGGAGUUCUUAGAGAUUUAUCAUAACAAGCGGAAAGAGCUUUAUGAGGAUGUUUUAGACAGUAUUCUAAAAUCUGUUUGCUACGUGACGGAGCAGACUCUGCAGGAUCAGAUUCGACAUUUGGUCAAUCAGGUACAACAAGGAAUUCAUCCAAAGGUAGAAAACAUUCAGGAAUUCAAAGCCGCUUUCUCAGGUCCACCUUUAUCUAUGACCAGCCUUGAUAUCCAGCAAAUGAAAGCUUUAAGCCGUAUUAUGUUCCUGACACCACACCUUCCAGCUUUUUUCCUUCAGCGUCGGCUCAGAUCACACAUUUUUGAAAUUCAUCACCUGGAUGGUGCCCUGCUCCAAUAUGGAGUGAAAGAACUCACUGACGAAGAAGUGAAGAGGGCCUGUUAUAUGAGAGGGCUAAACUCCACCCACCUCAGUAUAGAAGAUUGUAGAAAAUGGUUAGACUGCUGGCUCCUGCUAUCGGAAAAAUUAAAAGAGUCUGAGGUGUCAUUAUUAUUGCACAGUAUGGUCCUACUAUCGGUCAACUACCUCCAGUCUUUAGAGAAGCCAAUGUGAAGUAAUCCACAGACAGUAGUCCUUUUACUUCUAUUCUAUUGGUAUCUUGAGCAGUGUCUUACCAGGUGUGGGCCCUCGAGAUUUCAUUCUCUGAAGACUUGUAAAGCAGCCACUAUUAAAGGGUUUAUUUCUUUCAGGACUCAGUAGGUUACAUAAACCGUCCUUUUCUCAGCAGACAUAUUUUGCAUGGGUGCAUUGUUAAAUAUUUUGUCUAAAAUAUUGGGGCCAAAUAAAUAAGGGAAAACCAUAGUUAUAAAAACAGCUAAGAUGUUUAUACACAGGCAAAUCUUCUAAAUGAACCAUUAUAGGUGUAUUUCAAGAAAAAAACCUUUUUAUUAUAUAUAUGUAUGUGUAUAUAUAUAUAUAUA